GAUCGCCAUUUAGCCGGAAGUGGCAUGGCGACGACGAUGAAAAAUAGUGCACAUGUUCAUCACGCGAACUAAAUAAACUUGACAGCUAAUUAACUAGAGUAAUUAACAGUUCAACACCACUCUGUAGAAAUGACAGACUACAAAGAAGAACAGAAUAAUGAGAUAGAAGCAUUGCAGUCAAUAUACUCGGAAGAAUUAGAGGUGAUAGAAAUAGAACCAUACUAUGUAUUUGCAUUAGAGUUAUCCUCAGCUGCUGGAGAAGAACCCCAAGAUGAUACAAUUACCUGUACUCUACAAUUUACAUAUACCCCAAAAUACCCUGAUGAGGCUCCUCAGAUAGAAAUAACAGAAAGUGAAAAUUUAGAUUUUGAUCAGACAAAAGAAUUAAAUAGAUUUAUGAGAGAAACAGCUGAAGAAAAUCUGGGUAUGGUUAUGGUUUUCACAAUUGUUUCUGCUGUACAAGAAAAAUUAGGAAAUCUUAUUGAAGAAGCUAAAGAGAAAAUACUGCAGGAAAAAGAAAGAAAAUUAAAAGAAGAGGAAGAGAUAGCUUUUAAAAAGUUUCAAGGAACUCGGGUUACGAUAGAAAAUUUUUUAGCAUGGAAAGCAAAGUUUGAUGCAGAGAUGGCUGAAUUAAAGCAGAAAAAACAAAGUAAAGAAUCAUCAUCAAAGAAGAAAACAGGUCGACAGUUAUUUUUAGAGGAUCAAUCACUCAACGAAUCAGAUAUCAAUUUCUUACCUUCAGAAGAAAAUGCUGUUGAAGUUGAUGAAUCAUUAUUUCAAGAUUUGGAUGAUUUAGAUCUUGAUGAAGAAUUAGAUAUUGAUGAUGAUGAUGAUUGAUGCUAACCGUCCUUUUAAGUUAAUCUCUGUAAAUAAACGUUAUUUUAUUGCUGA